AUUCAUUGGCACAGCUCGCCAGCUCCAUGUGGAAGCAGUACCAGCAGUUGCACAUGCUGCUAGAUCAAGGUAACCGAAACAGGAAUUAACUAGUAGGACUGCUACUUCUGACCGAAUGGAAUAAGCGCAAACCAGUUUCUAAAGACGCGAGAUGCCAAAAGCUUUCUGAAGUCUUCCAUCAAAAAAAUCAAAGCUUGAACGUGGAGGGAAUACGUGUUCUCGUGGAAAGGUUCUUUACAGGGAUAUAAAGAAACCAGCUGUGGACGACUUGGAUGACUUCGUCAGAAUCGCGCAAAACUUUCUAUAAUCUUUUGGUUUCCUUCUUCCUCCACAUGGAGUGAUUCGCGUCUCCUCGGCGCGUUGGUUUGGAAAACAAGGUCUGAACGGAUUCUAUCGGGGAGCCUUUGGGAAAAGACUUCGGAACAGUUUGGAAUAUAAGUCCAACUCUAGAAUACCAGGUCGUCUUGGGAAGGAGCCGUUAGUUUCUUCCGCGUCUCUUCUUGUUUUUAUUCCUGUGCCUGCUGGGCUGCUGGAGGAGACAUGACCCCAUAACACAGCGUUGGAAACAAAUGCUCUGUGGGGAUGGUGCAGCGCACCGCGGGGGCCCCAGGCCCGCUCUCAGUGCUGCUGCUGGCCGCCACGGUGGUCUCCGCCCUCACCCCGCCCCCCUACCCCUCCUUCAGUCGCAACGACACGCUCUUUGAGCACCUGGCGCUGCACCCGGACCCCGCCGUGGGCCGGGUGUACGUCGGGGGGCGGGACCGCCUCUACCAGCUGGACCGCGCCCUGGCACUGGAGCUGCAGGACGACACGGGGCCCGUGACGGACAGCCGCGAGUGCCUGCCCCCCGUCACCCAGGGCAACUGCCCCCAGGCGCGGCUCACCCCCAACCACAACAAGCUGCUGCUGGUGGACCCCUACUCCAUGGAGCUGAUCGCCUGCGGCAGCGUCAACCAGGGCAUCUGCCAGAAGCGCAGCCUGGUCAACGUCUCUGCAGUGCUGUUCUCGGCCCAGCGGCCCGUGGACACGCAGUACGUGGCGGCCAACGACCCCGAGGUCAGCACGGUGGGGCUGGUGGUGCGCUCCCGGCCCGAGCGCCAGCCCGUGCUGUACGUGGGGCGCGGCUACACCAGCAGCCACCCGCCCAUCUCCACGCGCAACCUGCAGCAGGAGCCCGUCUUCUCCUACGAGGAGACGGCCAAGCUGGCGGUGGCGGGCCGCCUCUCGGAGUACGACCACCACUUCGUGGCGUCCUUCGCCCGCCGCCGCCACGUCUACUUCCUGUUCUACCGGCGGGACCUCAAGUCGCUGUCGCGCGAGUACCGCAGCUACGUGUCCCGCGUGUGCCUGGACGACCAGGCCUACUACUCCUACGUGGAGGUGCCCCUGACCUGCCGCUCCGGCGCGGGGAAGGUGUACAACCUGCUGCAGGCGGUGCGGCUGGGGGGGGCGGAGCCGGGCUCGGAGGUGCUGCUGGGCGUGUUCUCCACGCGGCUGGCCUCGUCGGCGCAGCCCAGCGACGACUCGGCGCUCUGCACCUUCCGGCUGGACGAGCUGGAGCGCCGGAUCAACGCCACGCGGGACCUGUGCUACACGCAGUCGGGCCGGGAGGCCGGGGGCGACGCCGCCUACAUCGAGUACGACGUCAAGUCCAACUGCGCCAACCUGCCCGAGAACACGCUGGAGGCCUACCCCUGCGGCUCGGACCACACCCCGAGCCCCAUGGCCAGCCGCACGCCCGUGGUGGCAGAGACCAUCCUGCACAGCCCGUCGGCGAGGCUCACCGCUGUGGCCGUCAGCGUCAGGGACGACCACACCAUCGCCUUCCUCGGGGACUCCAAGGGGAACCUGCACAAGGUGUACCUGGGACCAAACGGCGAAGUGGAGGAGUACGCUGUGGUCCCCGUUCAGCCCAACACCCCCAUCAGCUCAGACCUCAUUCUGGACCAGAAGGAGGAGCACCUCUUCAUUAUGACCUCGACCAUGCUCCAGAAGAGGCCUGUAGCGGAGUGCCACAAACACACAGACUGUGAUUCCUGCCUGCAGGGCCAUGACCCGUACUGUGGCUGGUGUGUUCUGGAGGGCAGCUGUGCGCUGCAGUCUCAGUGUAAACGCAGCAACAAGACGGGCCAGUGGCUGUGGAGCUUCGACAUGGAGCAGCAGUGUCUGUCCGUGCAGGACCUGCAGCCCUCCAACGUCAGCCGGGACCAGAGUCGCAUGAUCGCCCUGUCGGUCCCGGGCCUCCCCGGCCUGGGGGAGGGCGAGGGCUACUCCUGCCUGUUCCAAGACGGGUCCAGCACUGCCGCCACCACCACCCCGACCGGCGUGACCUGCCGCUCCCCGGACCCCUCCAGGGUUCCCAUGGUGCAGUCGGGCCAGGACUCCAUCACGGUCACCUUGUCCGUCCGCUUCGGCGGCGUGAGCGUCACGCAGAGGGACUUCACCUUCUACGACUGCACGGCCGUCAAGCAGCUGUCAGGCAGCAAGCCGUGCCAUGGUUGCGUGGAGAGUCGCUGGGGCUGCAACUGGUGCGUCCACCAGCACCUGUGCACAUACAAGUCCAGCUGUGAGGAGGGCGUGGUCAUCUACAACCAGCAUUUUAAACUCCCUACCUCAGCUCCGCCCACAAACAGACCCCCUCCUGUUCCCCCCACCCUGCCGGCCGUCCCGGCAACGACAAGCACCACCUCCACCACCACAAGCACCACCUCCACCACCUCCACCACCACCCCCACCACCACCUCCACCACCACCACCGCCACCACCCCGGUGACCACCCCCAUCGCCCCAACCACAGCGACCCAGGCCCCUCCCACCCCCACCACGACGGGUCCCACUCUGGGACCCACCACCCCGGCCCCGCCCACCACUCUGGAACCAGCGGCCCCGGCACAGACCACAGCCGCUCCUCCGGACAUCGUACCCUUGGCCACCGUUCCCACCGCCCCGCCCUCCGCCCCGGACCCCGAGUCCCACCUAGUCCCGCCGGAGGAAGACACCGCCACCCGGGGGCCCGCCGUCGUACCGACCGGCGUGGGGAGCGAGGAGCCGGCCACGACUCCCAGCCCCGCCGCCGUCGUCAUGGAGACCGAGUUGGAGGCCGAGUUGGAGCCCAUCACCGGGGCGGCGCCGGCCGAAGAGGCCCAGCAAGGGCCGGCCACGGAGACGGCCCCGUGGGAGACGGCCCCGUGGGAGCCCCCGAGCCCACCUCCAGCAGAGUCUGCGUGGGGCCCCGGUCUGACGGAGGCCCCCGGGGCCCGCGUCACCGGGGGCUUCUCCGGGCUCCGCCCCCUGCCCACGCUUUUCCCCGUGGGGGAGCCGCUCGAGGCCGAAGACGAGGAGGGAGAGCGGGCGGGGCAGGGCCCCCCCGCGUCCACCCUCCGGUCCCCGCUCCCCGCCCCGCCCACCGACGGAGCGCCCGAGCAGCUGCCCUGGGAGGAGGAAGAGGACGAGGAGGAAGAGGAGGAGGAGGAGGAGGACCGCAACCAAGGGGUUUCAGAGGGAGAGGCGGGGGAGGACGCCAGUGUGGGCGUGGCCGGAGACAAUGACACGGUCAGCACGUUCUCGGCCGCCACUCUGCUGUCGGGGGACGGGGAGGGGGGCCGCGACCCCGCCGCCUCGUUCCCACGCCUGAUGGACACGGACUCGGAGCCCGACUACCAGUAUGAUGUGAGCGAUGGCUUCCUACCGGGGGACGAGGGUCCCUACGUCAGCGUGGGCCCCUCCGCCUGCCCGUGUGUGGAGAAGGUUCAGGGCUCGUCGCUGCUUCCUGUCCAGGUGGAGCGGAAGAUCACACUGCUUGCCCACAACUUGCACCUCUACCAGGACAAGGAAUACCAGUGUGUGCUGGUGAUCGAGGGCCAGACGGUGGUGGUGGACGCCUACGUGGAGACGGAUGAGUUCAACUCCUCCAUCUUCUACAUCACCUGUCAGCAGCACAAGUACUCCUACACCUCGUUGGAGGAGGAGAACGACGCUCUGGUGUUCGUCAAGAGAAGGGACACCUUCCAUGUGGACAGCGAUCCGUCUCUACGUGUCACGCUGUACAACUGCUCGGCGGGCCGGGCCGAUUGCAGCCGGUGCCACACGGUGGACAGGAAGUACGACUGCGUGUGGUGCGGCGGCCGCCGGGCCAGCUGCCUCUACUCCGAGUCGUGCGGCAGCGAGGCCGUCCAGCAGACGUGCCCCGCCCCGCUCAUACAUAACAUCGAGCCGCUGUCCGGCCUGCUUGAGGGCGGCACACAGGUCACCAUCUGGGGCUCCAACCUGGGCCAGAAGGCGGAGGACGUCCUCCACACCGUCAGGGUGGUCAGCGUGCCCUGCACCGUCAUCCCCGGACUCUACCAGAUCUCAACCAGGAUCGUAUGCAAGACCCAGGCCAGUGGGGGGGAGAAGGUGGGCCAGGUGUCGGUGGAGGUCAGCGGAGGAGAGCGAGGCCUGUCCAGCCAGAUGUUCAGCUACCAGGACCCCUUUGUGAUGGGCGUGUCCCCAGAGAGGGGCCCCAAAGCAGGAGGGACCGCGCUGACCAUCACGGGGCGCCGCCUGCUGACCGGACGGCCCUCAGGCUUGACCAUUACCGUGGGCGGGGUGCCCUGCAGCAUUGUGUCUGAGGUGAAGGAGGCCAGCGUGGUGUGUGUGACGGGCGCCAGCAACCGAAGCGGGGAGCAGCGCGUCACCCUGCACUACGGCGCCAGCCAGCGCCACCUGCACACCAGCCUCUACCGCUACACCCCCAACCCCAACGUCACCCGCGCAGCCCCCGCCAGCAGCUUCCUGAAUGGAGGACGCCUCAUCUACGUGUGGGGCCACAGCCUGGACGUGGUGCAGGAGCCUCGCAUGGUGGUGACCAUCGCCCCCCUGGACCCCAUCAGCCAGACCCGGAGGAGGAGGAGGAGGAGGAGGAGGAGGAGGAGUGGAGGGGGGGGCGAGUCGCGAAGGAGAGGAGGCCAACCCAAGAGGCUGAUCAGAAUGGUAGCAGACCUGGUCUGUUCUAGCGACCCCCUCUGCUAUGUCAAACAGUUCACGGAGCGCUGUGAGGUCAACUCCUCCUCCCUGAUCCUGUGCCGCUCGCCGGCGGUGGACGAGUCGGUGUGGGGGUCAGAGGUCACCGUGGAGUUCCUGCUGGACAACCUGCGCUUCCCAUUCAGUGGCCUCAGCGCCCAGCUCUUCCACUACCAGCCCAACCCCCUGCUGCACAGCCUCAACAGGCAGGAGCCACUCAAGGCCUACCGCUAUAACCCAGGCAGCUUCAUCCAGCUGGAGGGUGAGAACUUGGACCUGGCCAUCACCAAGGAGGAGGUGGUGGUCCUGGUGGGCGAGGGAGUGUGUGCGGUCAAGACCCUCACCAGGAACCACCUGUACUGCGAGCCCCCGCCGCAGCAGCCCGGCCCGGGACCCAACGGCAAGAAGCGCGAGGGCUCCGACAGCCUACCGGACUUCACGGUCCAGAUGGGCAACCUCAACUUCUCUCUGGGCAAGGUCCAAUACGACACCAUGAGCCUGGCCACCUUCCCCAUGGAGGCGCGGAUUGGAGUGGGCGUGGGGGCCUCCAUCGUGGCCCUCAUCGUCUUCAUCAUAGUGCUCAUCUACAGGAGGAAGAGCAAGCAGGCCCUGAGGGACUACAAGAAGGUCCAGAUCCAGCUGGAGAACCUGGAGACCAGCGUCAGGGACCGCUGCAAGAAGGAGUUCACAGACCUCAUGACGGAGAUGAUGGACAUGUCCAGCGACCUGGUGGGCUCGGGCAUCCCCUUCCUGGACUACAAGAAGUAUGCCGAGCGCAUCUUCUUCCCCGGCCAUCGGGAGUCGCCACUGAGGCGCGACCUGGACGUUCAGGAGUGCCGGAGGCAGACGGUGGAGCAGGGCCUGGUGCAGCUGUCCAACCUCCUCAACAGCAAGCUCUUCCUCACCAAGUUCAUCCACACCCUUGAGGGCCAGAGGACCUUCUCUCCCAGGGACCGCGCCUACGUGGCCUCCCUGCUCACCGUGGCUCUGCACGGCAAGCUGGAGUACUUCACGGACAUCCUGAAGACCCUGCUCAACGACCUGGUGGAGCAAUACGUGGCCAAGAACCCCAAACUCAUGCUGCGCAGAACGGAGACAGUGGUGGAAAAGUUGCUGACCAACUGGAUGUCAAUCUGCCUGUAUGCCUUCCUGAGGGACUCGGCGGGUGAGUCUCUCUACAUGCUGUUUCGGGCCAUCAAGCACCAGGUGGACAAGGGGCCUGUGGACGCUGUGACGGGCAAGGCCAAAUACACACUAAACGACAACAGACUGCUGCGGGAAGACGUGGAGUACAAGACUCUGAAUCUUAACGUGUUGACUCAGGGCGGAGGGGUGAACGAGAGCCAGCCGCUGCCCUCCAAGGUGCUGGACAUCGACACCAUCAGCCAGGUGAAGGAGAAGCUGCUGGAGCAGGUCUACAAGGGCACCACCUACUCCCAGCGGCCCCAUGUGGACUCACUGGACCUGGAAUGGCGGUCUGGUGUGGCCGGUCACCUCAUCCUGUCGGACGAGGACCUCACGUCCGUUGUCCAGGGCAACUGGAAACGCCUGAACACACUCCAACACUACAAGGUCCCGGACGGUGCGACUGUGGUGCUGGUUCCACGCCACAGCAAACACAUUCACCACGACAACCAUGACUACGUGGCGGGAGAGAAGACCCCCAUGCUGGAGGAUGCAGACGAGGGGGGGGUGCGGCUGUGGCACCUGGUGAAGGCGGGCGAGGAGCCGGAGCUGCCAAAGCACCGGCGGGGCAGCCUGAGGGAGAGGGAGCGGGCCAAGGCCAUCCCAGAGAUAUACCUGACCCGCCUGCUCUCCAUGAAGGGAACGCUUCAGAAGUUUGUGGACGACCUGUUCACCGUGAUCCUGAGCACCAGCCGGCCUGUCCCGCUCGCCGUCAAGUACUUCUUUGACCUGCUGGACGACCAGGCGGCCCACCACGGCAUCACAGACCCAGAGACCAUCCACAUCUGGAAGACCAACAGCCUACCGCUGCGUUUCUGGAUCAACAUAGUGAAGAACCCCCAGUUCAUCUUUGAUGUGCAGGCCUCGGACCACGUGGAUGCGGUGCUCUCUGUCAUCGCACAGACCUUCAUGGACUCCUGCACCGUCGCUGAACACAAGCUGGGCCGGGAUUCACCCAUCAACAAGCUGCUGUAUGCCAGAGACAUUCCCCGUUACAAGCAGAUGGUAGAAAGGUACUACGCCGACAUCAGGCAGACCAUCUCCGCCAGCGACCAGGAGAUGAACUCUGCACUGGCCGAACUGUCCAGGAAUUACUCGGGAGAGUUGAAUUACCUUGUAGCCCUCCAUGAGCUGUACAAGUACAUCAACAAGUACUACGACCAGAUCAUCACGGCCCUGGAGGAAGACCCCACGGCCCAGAAGAUGCAGCUGGGCUACCGGCUGCAGCAGAUCGCUGCGGCGGUUGAAAACAAGGUGACAGACCUGUGAGCCGUUGGGCUGAGCUGCAGCCCCUCCAGGAUCUGGACCUGGACCUCCAUCCACCACCGGCUCAGGAGCGUGCAUCUGCAGGGGCCGAGAGCCCGAGAGGGAGGAGAGAUACACCGACAGACAGACUUUCUUGGAUGGGACUGUUGGACCGGCACUAAGGACUCUGAUACUCUCAUACUAGCCCCGCCCCCAUAUUCUCUCGUGUGUGUGUGUGUGUGUGUGUGUGUGUGUGUGUGUGUGUGUGUGUGUGUGUGUGUGUGUGUGUGUGUGUGUGUGUGUGUGUGUGUGUGUGUGUGUGUGUGUGUGUGUGUGUGUGUGUGUGUCCUCUGUUCAGUGAUGGUCAAACAUUUCUUUUGAAUUAAGAACUACUCUUUCUUUUAUUUGUAACAAACAUUUUGUGCUUAUUUGUGUAGGAUGGAAAAAAAUCAUUCCCUCUCCUUUCGCAUUGCAUUAGUGUGUUGGCCUGUGUGUUAAUGGUUUCCGAUAUCCGCUUGAUGUGUGUAGAUGCAGUAACACACACCUUCCCCUUUUUAAUCAGCCUGUGAUGUCUUGAUGUCUUCAUGGGAAACCAAUGAAGGCAUGACAUUUGACCAGUUGUAACACCGUAUAUUUUGGAGAUGUUAUGGUGGGUUGAUUUCCACCACGAAAGUAAACUUGGCCAUAUUAUUUAAUUGUAUUGUCCAUUACUGUUUAUACAAGGUUAAACAAAUUCGAGAACAGAAUUUUAUUAUUUAAAAAGGCCAGUUUCUGUAGGUGAACAAGACGAGCUCCUUUACAUCUACGAGGAGUUCAAUGUGUUAUUGCCGCUCUACCUCAACCCAUGGGCUAAGGCACCUCAGCAGAAGUGGUUGUAUUUUUCUUUUUUUACCUCAUCCACAUUUACCAUUUCUAUAGCCAUACCAGUCCUCCUAAAAUAACACAGGCUGGUAUAAACAUCGCCAAAUGCUGGAAAAUCACACAAACAACCGUUGUACAUUUUUCAUUAAUUUCUUUUUUUAACAAUGUGCCCCUUUAACACAUGUCUUUGAACCCCUGGUCCUUUGGCUAGCGUGUGUUUGGUUCUCAACCCCUUGUGUGAGGGUCCUGGAGUGGGACUCUGCCCUUGUUACCUUAAAGGUAAACAUCACUGGAGAGGAUCUUAGAGGGGAAGUCAAUGUUUCAUUAAGGUGUUUUUAUUGUGUAACUGUUUUUAUUUGAGUCUUUUAAUUUUGUAAAAACAUUUUCACAUUCCUUUUUUUCACAAUUUUAAAGAAGAAAAUGUUCUAAAUGCUGUACUGCUUACGCUGUGUCCAUUUCAAAACAUUCUGAAGUUCCUCGCUUUGUUUGAAACGUCUCCCUGAAGAUUGCCAAACUCUUGCUUUAUGUGCUGGAGUGUGUCUUGUAUUUUAAUUUAUUUUUUCUGUGAUUACGAGGAGACAACACUGCUGUUACGCAGCAUGUUAUAGCCCCGUUUAAUGGUACUAUGUUCAUCUCACAAAGCAUCUGUUUGAAAUCACUUUCUUAUUUGAAAUUGUGAUCAAUUGCUGACAACAUGAGAGAACAUCCACUGUUCCGUGCCAACAGAAGUCUAACACAUGUGGAGCUGAUGCCUGCCAAACCUCCUGUAUGCCUGAUUAUACCUUAUGUAUGCCUGCUCAUACCUCCUGUAUGUCUGCCUGAUGUCAAAAGCUGUGAUGCACUCUUGACAUUUUAGUGACCAAAUAGAGAUUGGCUUAAUCUCUGUCCAUCUAAUUAAUGUCAAAGACCCCUGAUUGGGAAAAAGGUAAAAAUUUGUAAAAUGAUAUAAAUGUAUAAUGACCCUCUAGUGUUGCGUAUGCAUCUCCAAAUGCUCUAUAGGUGUCUCAGCCCAAGAAUGUCUGAAUGUUACCAAUAGGUUAUCACUACAGUAGGCCUAUCUAACAAACAUCAACUAAUUUUGUAGAAAUGUUUUUUGCUGUCAUAUAGUUCUGAAGCCUAAAACUUUUGAGGCAGGCCAUCUGAGGGAAGAUAUAUAUAUAAAUUCAGCUAUGUAGAGCAGGCUCUGCAAAGAGCAGUUUAAAGGAGUUUUCUUACCUUAUGUUAAUAUCAUUGUACAUAAUGGUUUAAUAAUGUUACUGUAGUGAUAUAUCAUGUU